AUGACUAUUGCUGCAUAUGCGUAUGAAACAAAUGAAGCAAGAAGAGCACAUGAACUAGUAAACGAAAACUCAACUUUAACCAUUGAAGGCAAUGAUUUAGUCAUUGACGAUGGAAAAACUAAAAAAGUCAUUGAUUUCGAUACUUUUAACACUUAUGACCCAUUCAUUACAACAAGCAAGGUUCCCAUCAUAAAUGAUGGAACGGUGCAAUAUAUAAAUUCAACAGUAGAUGCCUCAUUAGUGAAAGUACUGAAUGUUCUCAUUGAAUUGUUAAAGAGCUUUCAAUUUGACGACAACAUUAAAUGCCUAAAGAAUUUAGUCAUGAAUGAGAAACAAAUUCUCGGCGUUGCUGGUAGCAGUAAUGAUGUACACCUUAUGACAUUAGAAUAUUAUAACGAACAUAAAGAUGAACUGAAAGGAGAGAAGGGUGACACCGGACCUCAAGGACCACAAGGAAUACAAGGAAUACAAGGAAUACAAGGACCUCAAGGCGAAAACGGUUUGGAUGGAAAGGAUGGAAAGGAUGGAAAAACUGCUAAAUCAUGGAUAUGGAACCUUAUAAAUACUGGUUUAACAGCUGCUUCAUAUGGAGUUCUUCAAUACCAAAUCGGAAAGAUAUGGGCAGUACUUGGUGAAGAAGUUUUAGAUGACGUUAAAAAUGCUUUGAACUUCAUUUCAAAUGGUUCGGAUACUAUUAAAACUUUAUCUGGUUGGAUGCAAGAAACAAGGAGUCAAAUAGAUACUGUAAGACGUAUAGCAAACAAUGCAC